AUGGCACCGCUUAUCUAUCGCAUUCUUGAAUCCAGCACGUUUAUCUUCUUAUCCUUUAUCCUUCUGUGCCUGAUUCUGUUGACUCCAGCCGAUGCGAUCUACCAGUGCUAUGUGACGCGCCGGUUCACCAACGUCUACUUCAUCGCGGGCGGAUACAUCGUGACCUUUUUACUGGCGCUUCUCAUCUACGCCAGCCGGAUCUAUACGAAUCGCAGCGUGUUGGCGGGGAUUCCCAAAGCCUGGAUUCCCGUGGAGAAGGAGGAUGUCGGCAAGAGCGUUCGGCGGUUGGUGAUGGACGGGCUUGCUCGGAGCGCCAUCAUCGCGUACCAGGCGCGCCCGAGGAACACAAGAGAGGACGAGGAUCGGUUUCUGGAUUACAAGAUGCUGUUGGUGGACCGGGACCGGCCGCCCUGGGGACGCGUCGAACACCGAGGAUGGUCGUCGCCUGCGUCGCUGGAUCUACCCGAUCUUCCCUACCGCGACGUGGUCAAGGAACUGCCGCAUCUGAUCGAAGCGAAGGCUGUCUCCUUGGCGCCCUCGGAUCCGCUUUUGAUGCCCUCGUCAUCGCACGCUUCCGAAGAUGCGCAUUCCGUGCCUGACACUCGCGUGGUGGAGGUUUUGAAGCGACCGACCUCGAUGGGUCUCCGCGAGUACCUCCAGCACUUGACUACCCUGGACCUGGUGAACCCGCCUGAUCUCGGCCCCGAGUUCCUCGCCAUCUACGAGAAGGCGCGCUUUUCUUCACAAGAGCUUUACCAGGACGAAUUCAGAGAGAUGAUGCGUCUGUUUACCGAGAUCCUACGGGGCAUGGUAUCUUUGAGUCCACAGCUGUUGGACGAAAUCCGCCAUGGAAGCUCUUACGCGGAUAGCGAAUCACGCAUCGGUCCGUCAGACGAGGAAGGAGAGACAGACACGGUGGAUCUGCACCACGACGACGAGGACAGCGAGGCGCUUGCUCGCGGUCGGAGCCAUCGGGUCCGUUUGUCGGAUGCGUCGUCGACAUGGGAUAGUAGCCGCUCACUAUACACGGCGGCAUCCGCAUCCGAUUCAGUCUCGGUAGGCCGAAUGCCUUCCAGAGAAACGCUCAACCGCAGCCUACGUGCUUCUCCUCGAACCCCCUCAAUGCGGUCCCUUCGGCCCGAAGUCUCGAACUUGUCGGGAAGCUCGGCCGGGAGUGCUGUUUUUCGCAAGGGUGCAUCCCUGUUCAGCAGUUCCGUCUCGUCGCUCGCCUCCACGCCCAAGGAACGCCCCGGCGAAGAUGGGUUCCGGUCUGUGGCUGAGGUAGAUGCACUCUUUCCCAAGGUCGAUCCCGCGGUCGACGGCGAGGAGUGCCUUCACGAUUGUGCCUCGUGCACAAUCCGCUACCCUGCCAAAUUCGACGUAGAGAUGUCCGACGAGUUAUACGGCAAGGUGAAUGGCUGGUCGACACAUAUGCUCGUCGCAACGGGGAAAAGCGACUGGGUGAGAGAUGUAGCCGACGAGAAGGGCAGUCUGAUGGAGGCCAUUGAAAAGGGCGGACUGGAGCCGAGCAAUGGGAGACUCAAGUUGACCGCGUCUAACAUGCCUGUUCCUGACGAAUACCAUCACCACGAGAUCGGCAAGCAGCCGACGAACGUCCUCCUCCUCCCUAGCUUCACACUUGUCGAGCAAGUCACCCCUGAUCUGGCUCCCGAUCUGAUCAAGUACUUCGUCAGCCCCUCCGCUACCACUACAACCCCGCUCGCAGCGUCAUCAGAGGAACAGAAGCAAGAAGGACCAGAGAAGACGCCGCUCGACCUCGCAUCGCUGACCCCCCUCCGCGCGCGCCCCUGCCCUCACGCAGCCGUAAUCCUCCUCUGCUCGCAGCGCACCCGUGACGCCCGCUGCGGCCAGUCCGCCCCUCUGCUGAAGCGCGAGUUCGAGCGCCAUCUCCGCCCGCUCGGCCUCUACCGCGAUAUGGACGACGAGCGGCCUGGCGGCGUCGCGGUCUACUUCAUCAGCCACGUCGGUGGACACAAGUACUCCGCCAACGUGAUGAUCUACCGCCGGCGCGACAUGGAAUGGUACAAAAGGGGCGACGGAGAGAAGAAGCAGGAGGACGAGGAGGGCGCCGCGCAGGGUAUCUGGCUUGCUCGCGUCCGGCCAGAGGACUGCGAGAACAUCAUCAAGUUCACCGUGCUGCAGGGCAAACUCGUCAAGCCGGGAUCCCAGCUACGGGCUGGAUUCGAUAGAGAAAAGGGCCUGACUAGCUGGUAA